CUUCACUGCAGCAGAGGAACAACAAAACACAGCUGAGCUGCUGCUGCUCUUCGCUCUACUUGAAGAGUUUCUUUUGUUUCAUCCAUUGAUGCUCUCUUCACCUCUGCGGACAGCACCAUGCAGCUCAUUUUGACUCUUCUUCAUGGUAAGUUAUCUUAAUUGAUUUUUUAUUAAAGAGAAAAGUGUCCAAGUGAAACUUUCUUGGUGCCAUAAUUGGAUCCAGGUUCGAAUUUACCGUCGGAAAAAAAGGAGAAAACUUAUUAAACUUGUUUUAAAGUUCUUAUUGAAAUAUUUUACUGACAUUUCAGCUCUCUAGAAAGAAAAGCUUUGACCCAGAAACACUUUUUUUCACUUUACCUUUUAUUCAUUCAUGCGUUUUUUUAUUUGACCCACUUCUCUGCUUUUAAAAUAAGUCAUAAAGCCCACAUAAAUGAAGUUACACAUAUCGAAACUAGAUAUCCUUGACUGUAAGUGGAGUGUUUUUGUUUUAUUUCAUCUUUAUUUCCCUGCAUUAUUAACGUAUCUUUUGGUUAAGAUUAUAAAUAAGGCCUAAACUCAUCAUUUCAUUGACAGGUUUCCCUUGAAAUAUCCAAAUGUGUGAAAUUAUUUUCCAAAAUUCACGCAUAUUAAGCCCUCGUGACUUCAAAGUAACCUGAAGCAAAUACAGUAUCUCUGCCCACAGCCCGAGGAAACAGUGUUUGUGGGACUUUUCAUGGCUUCAGCUCAAUGUGUUUCUAGUUAACUGCGGUCCGAGCUGAGGAGUCAGCACAAUCCUGCACUCAGUCAUUAUAUGUGUCAGUAAUGAGUGUUUCACCACGAGUGGGCUGUUUGAGUCCAUGCUGUGGGAAGAAGGGGGAAAACUACCCCAACCCUAUUUAUGAUUGCUGCUGUCUCAAUUAACAGGCCACCAACAACAAAAAAUAGGGCAUGGAAAACAUAGAUGUGCUGUUUUGAUCAGAAUAAGGUCAAAACAUGCAGCUGCUGGUUUGUGGGACACGUUUGUGUUUCUGUGCUGCUACCUUUACUUCCUGUAUCUUUUUUUUAGCAAGAAAAAAAACUCAAAUCUUAGCAUAAAUAAGGGUUGACUUCUUAUAUAAAUAUCUAUUUACACUUAAUCAAAAUUAAACUGAUCUGAAAGGUUCAGAUUUAAAUCUUAUUUCAAGAUGUUUUGAGUCCAAACUUGACAUUUAGGUGACAAAGACUUUUUGUUUUGGGAAAGUUUUGUUUGUUUCAUUUGGGGGCUUUUUUUUUUCACUUCACUUUUAAUUUUUUUUCACUUCCAUAUCCAUUAAGUCCUUAUAUUUUAGCUUGUAAAAACAAGCCUCGAUGAAUUCAGUGUAGAUUUUAAAUAAAGUACUUUUUGCUUUUACUUUAGCGCAUUAGCUGACUAAUAUAUAUUUUUUUAUUUAAAGCUCCUGUGAGGAACUUUUUGUUUGUGUUGAAUUUGGCGCCCCCUCGGGACAGAGUAGUCUUUGUUUAUCUUACCAAAAAUCUUAUCUGGCUGACAAAUUUGUAAUUUCUUGCGAGUACCUUUUGAAAUCUUAAAAACAGGGUUCUUUCUAUGGCUGCUUGGCUGACACCAACCCUCUUGCAAUAACAUAGAGGAAUGAAAACUGACUAUAGAUGUUGUCAAACUUGAUGUUGACAGCCUUGUUUGCUUUUGUAACUCAUAAAAAAGCCACCAGAAUUAAUGUUUGUGUGUUUUUAUAAAAGAUUAUGAAGCCAUUAUUACUUUGCUCAUUUAAAACAGCAUCACAAUUGAAAGAAAAUCAGCUAAAAAUGCUCUAAAAUAGAUAAUGUGCAAAAUAAUUAAAGCCACGGAUGGCCUUGGAUAAUAAGUUUCAGGAAAGUUCAAGUGGAAAGUCCAAAAGGCUGAGCUGAUUUUCUCUGUCUAUAAGAUCUGGUCAAGGGUUUUGAGACGCAAACAAAAAACCCAAACAAGAAAAAGAACUUCUACAUCCACUUUGAGCUCAAUAUGCAAAUUAAGUGACUAAAAUUAAGAGUAAAUUCUUAGCUGCCUAGUAAUGCACACCUUAGUGUCUCCACAGCAGAGUCAACAGAGUCUGCCGGCCCCUGAAUGUAUCUUUGUGUGUUUAGCUGAGUCUGCAGCUGGACACAUGUGUUUGCUUUAAAGUCGAGCCGUGACGCUGCUGUGAGUAAACUAAACUCACCACCACAUCAUCCAUGAUUCAGAGAGAUUCUGCUGCGUAAAAACAUAUUUUUUGAUUGAGUUGAACUUAUAUAACAUAUUUUUUCCCCUUUUUUUAUCCUUGGGGAUAAGUUAAUUGUUAAACGGUUCUCAAUGUGACUCCUGGAGUGCCUAAUAGCAGCAGUGAUUUGGUAGCUCAUUGGUUAAAUGCCUAUUAUUAUAGCCAGAAACUCAAUAGCACAUUGUUAAGUCUUUAGAGCUAAAGCAGCCUUGUGAGUCAGCGGCCUGUGUGUGUGUCUGGAGAUGAGAUGAGAGAAAAUUACAGGGGCUGGGGCACUUUGUUUUACCUUCUGCAAGAAAGUUUAUACCCCUCAAUAGAAAACCCACCAGAGUUUUCCAGCAUGAGGUCUGCUCUCUCAUUGCCAGUGUGUGUGCUUGAAUAAUCCUCAGCAUACAGUGCCAUUAUCAUUAAACUGGUGCAUACCUGCGAAUUCUCUGCAUGCUCUGCUGGGUUACACUAAAUGUAUGCAAGCACUGUUUAAACGCUCAGGUGAAGUUAUCUUAGCAUAAGGGAAGAUAAACAGACACUGUGAUUCAGCCGUGUGCAGUCGUGAUGAGUUAAACAUCUGGAGAAGAAAGCUCAUUCUGGGUUGUAUCAAACAGAUCCUGUGCAGAUUGGAUUCGUGGUUUUGGCCGAGCUGUCAGAGACUGAAAGGAAUUUUAUUUGAGCUACAGUGCAGUGGUAAAAAAGGCAACUUAACGCUCCUGUGAGGGUUUCUUUUUUUAGCUGAUUAUUAAAAAUAGAAGGUAUUAUUUACACAUGUAGGGGACAGGAUCAUUGAUGAGAUUCAUUGUCCUACUUUGGGGUGAUAAAACCGUACCUGUUCAAACCUGCAUGCAAAGCCCCUCAGUGAGCAUGUUUGAGGCCCUCUGUGGUCCUACUUUUAUCUUUAAUUUGAAGUUAUAUCACAGUAGGAGUCCAAGCAUUGUUUAAGAUCUCUUUGAAGAAGCUUGAGAGGUGUAGCAUAAAACUGCAGGAGACAGAGUUUAAAGAGAGGGCCUCAAAGCCGCCUGAGGAAAUCCUGUAAUCUGGGACAGAUUUCACCAACCCUGCUUUUCUUUUUUUUAAAUAAAAAGCUGAUCCUGACUUUCCUGAUGAUUAUAUUUAGAUUUUUUUAAUCACUAGUAAUAAUUUAUUGAUAUUAAUUUACAGCGUGUCAAACGUCAGGAAUCCUGGCUUCAUAAAACGGGUCCAUCAAUCACUGAAAAUGAUAUAAACAGUUUUUAUUGCUCUGAAUCUACAAACAACAGCACAUGGAGGGCUGUGCACCUCUAGAGCUCAUACAGCUCUGGCCAGUGCUGUAAAAAUACACAGGUGUGUGGUGCUGACACCCAGCAGUACGUCUGAAAGGAGCCGAACAGUCGCUCAGUUCUUCAUCCCCUCAGGAUCACGGCCUCGCAGCACCAGGAUGAAUAGAGGCUCUGUAUGCUUUGGCUGAACGCGUCUCUCCUGGACCUUCAGUAAACAGGCGACCAAAUAGCACUGUGGGGGGAAAAAAACGACAUUAGAAAUAGAAAUGAGCUGUUGGAAAAUUUCCUACCUCUUGGAAGAGACAACACAAACAGCAAAAUAUACUUUGUUCUGCUUUCAUAAAGAGCUUUACUGCUUUCAGAUCCGCUAUCGUACCGUGUCGUCGUUUCUGCAGUUUUCCCUCCUCUGUUAUAAACUGUCCUCUCACUGAACUCACAUCUGCUCCAGAGCUGAAACUCUCCACUGUUGGGUCAGUCCAGGUCAAAACCGAAAAUUUGAACGAUUGCAACUUUUUAAUGAGAUUUAUCGCAUAAAUAUCUCAAAACUGCUUCUUAUCAGGAAGAUUGGUCUUACGCAGCAGAAAGCAAAUGGGAAUAUCACAGCUCUGCAGUUUAAGCACAUUUUUCCUCCCUUCAAGCAGCUUUUACUAAUUUAAUGUUUUUGUCUGUUUCAGUUCUUGCCGUGCUCCUCGUACCAGGAGGUAAGACUUCUAUUUCAGCCCCACCUGCGUAAAGCUGAAUGCACAGUAGUUCACGCUUCUCUCUCCAUCAUUGAGCUAAUGCGUUUAUUAUCUCGUCUCAGCAUGGGCUCAGAGCAGCAGCAGCCGGGUCGGUGUGGUGGUGGAGGCCAAGAACAUCACCCUCCCUGAAGGCUCUAAGGCCGUCUUGCCGUGUCACAGCCCCAGGAUGGUGUGGACCCAGGACAGACUGAAGGACCGGCAGAGGGUGGUGCACUGGGACGUGGUCCGCAGCAGCCCUGAGUAUUCUGUCGAGAGAGUCCUGGAUAUGUCUCCUGGAGGCCGACAGAGGGUCUACAACAGCUUUAACAAGGGGCGUGUCGCCGUCCCGGAUUCUGCUUUUACUGACGGCAACUUCUCCCUCGUCAUCAACAGUGAGUCUGAUAAAAUCUGAUAAAACUGAUUAUAUACUGUGUGUCAUAUUUGUGUGUUGAAACCCAAGAUGUCCCUCUUUUCCAUGAUCACUUCUUUCUUCUGCUUAAACUCUCAUCUUCUGUUUAUUUCCUCCAGAUGUGAUCACAACAGACAGAGGCGUUUAUACCUGUAACCUGCACCAUCACUACUGCCAGAUCCACCAGUCCAUUCAAAUCCAGCUCAAUGUCACUAAAUCAGGUGGGGUCUCCUGAUUUUUUUGGCGUUUCGUUCUACUGUGAGUCUUAAUGCAUGAAACAGUGGUUUAUAUAACUAUGUGUUUUUCCAGCUCGUAAAGAGAGGCGUUACUGGGACGGAGAGAAGACCGUCUUUGUGGUCUUGCUGGGCAGCUCAGUUGUGUUGCCCUGUGUGAACCGGCGCCCCUUGUGGAGGGAGGGUCUCCAGGAGGACCAGCAGCAGGUGGCUCACUGGGACUUCCAGCCUCCUGGAGUGCGUCCCGACAGAGCCGACCGCCUGGUUGACCUCUACGCGUCCGGAGAGAGGCGAGAUUACGGACCCCUCUUCGCCCGGAGGAAGAUGUACGUGGAGGAGGAUGCUUUCACUUUAGGGGACUUCUCUCUCUCCAUCUCUGACCUGAAGCCCGUCGACAAAGGCCUGUACUCCUGCCACCUCCAUCACCACUACUGCGGCCUGUCAGAGAGACGCAUCUUCAGGCUUAUAGUGGGACCUCCGCUUCCACCCGCCCCCACUACAGCGCCAGAAAUCUCUGAGAAUGAGAUCCCAGAGCCAAGUAGGUCACUGCAUUAAAAACAACAUCACUGUAACCGCUUAAACCUUUGUUUUUCUCCUGAUACUAGUGAUGGUUAAUGUUUUUCCCCCGUACGGUUUCACGGGUGAGUUGUGCAAAGUGAGACAACACAGCUCCUGGGUUUUUUUCGCAGUAUUUAUAGGCAUAGUUGGUCAGUUAAAUCAGCUCCUCCUCUCGCCAAGUCUUUCCUCUGACCUCUGUUUUUGUGUUUGAGCUGGAAAGGGAGGGAGGAGGUCGAAGGAAUGUAGGAGCAACCAUGGGAAGAAAAAGAAAGAAAGAAACCUUCCUCUUUGUCGCUAACUGCGAUUAAAAGUUAAUCUUUUCGCAGCUAACUUUUUGUUGUUCCCAGUAAACAGCCUCAAACUGGCGCUAAAGGAAGUGGUUUCAUUUCCCUUGCUGACUUUUUCUUCAUUUACAGCCUGUUAACCACACCGAGCAGAGGAGUAGGCUCCAACAGCCAGUCAUUUUGGGAGUGUAUCUUGUGUGUUUUUCCCCCUCCAUUUAACCCCAUUUUCCAAAAGUCCCGACCACGUGUCUAGACGGGUUACACUGUAUCUCCAGUUUUGUUUAUUCUUCUUUUCUCCCAGCGCGCUCUGCUUCUCUGCUUCUCUGCUGAUUUGUAUCUGUCUCUGGUGUAGUGGAGGCGUGUUUAUCAGCAGUUAGAGGAAGUCUCAUACAUCUGUUCAACAUCUGGGCCAGAUGAGACAUGAAAGAGCAGAGUAAGGGGAGAGGAUAUGUCCGAUGUCUAUAGAUCCUGCUGUCCAGUAAAGAAAUUACUGUCCUGUAUAUUUACCCUCUAAGAAUGGAAGAAAUGCACAUGUGGAAAAAAAAUCGGUGGUAUGAGCAAACAUCACCUCGAGAUUCAUUUCUUCUUCAUGCACCACUAGACUUGAAGCCUUUCAGAUUUAAUCCAAGUUGUUUGUACGCAUGAAGGAGCCAGCAAAUCAUCUGUCAUGAUGAGAGCGUUUCACUUUAAUGCUGUAAUUAUUUAUGGCAUGCACAAACGGAUUAGUACUUCUGGGUAAACAUGGAGCGGGCGUUUUGUGAGCUGUCAGAAAUCCAACAAAAAUCUCUAUCUGUGAAAACGGAGACGCUCCCCUCCAGUUCAUUGACUUGCUAAUGAUCCGCAUCCCUCCAAAGAUACUCUGGCUAACCUCAGCGUAGCAUAUGUGAGAAAACAGCCAACACACGCACACGCUUGUCAGAUCCGUCAGGAAAACGGUAUCGGGACACGGCUGCAGCUUCGACAGACGAGCUCUGGAGAUGCUGACCUCAGACACAUCAUGUGAUUUCAUGUAUUUCAGGUUCACUGGACAAUGACAGGUGAUAAUUACGAACGGAGGCCCCCUUCCUGCUGCAGACAUGGGUGAUUAAAUCAGAAUCAGGUCCUCUUCAUGACUGGAUGGAUUUGAAAGCUCGAGCAGAGACGGUGCAUUAAAUGUUACCCAAUUAGGCCCGGAGUGGUAGUUUAAGUUGUGCAGAAAGGAGCUGCUUUAAUGACAGGCCAAAGAGUAACGAUAUAUUCAAGACAGAUAAGCUAAAGGGGAAAACUCACAUCUUUGAUCAUUUAUUUUUUUAUGUGACCAGGCUGAGUAUUAACUAAGGAGACUUUUUCUCAAUCCAGUAGCUCUAAAACUGGAUUUAAAGGGCUAUUCUGUAUAUUGUGAUCGUCGCAAUCUUAGUUUUCUUCUUUAUUCUGGUCACUUUAAUUAUUUACAGUAAACUAACAGUCUGGGUCAUCGUCAGCCUCCAGCUUUUACCAAUUUAGCUGCAUUUGAAGUCGUCACAGAUUUGUUUUCCAUGCACGCAGAAGCGAGACACAUGUGUUUGUAAAAACAGGUCGAAAUGGAAAACUCAUACAGACAUGCAGACAGACCACAUAACAGAGUUUGUGUCUCUCUUUCCUCACACUUUGCCUUUUUUUCUGGUCAUUCUGUGUGUUUUUUUGCGGAGGGGGAGGGAAAAAAAAUAACAGCUGCAUGACAUCAGGUCUGGAAGUCAUUACCACAGAGCGGCGUUUUGACAUUUAACUCCCGCUUUCCUUCACUCCUGGUCUCUGACUUUUGGAUAGAAAUGAAAAAGAAAGGAGCCUCAGGGGGAGUAGAAAUGUUUAAUUUUGUUGAAAUCCUACUUCAUCGUCUAUUGUAAAUCCAGUUUAACAAUCCAAUAUAUUAGAGGUAGAAUUUGACACUAAAUAUCCCACAAUUUAUUGUAUUUUUAUUUGAAAGCACGCUGAACUGUCUUCAUAAUUUUAUGGGAAUUACUUACCGUCCUCCUACAUGACCUGCCAAUAUAAGAGAUGAUUCAUGAUGCUUUAUUUUAUCACCCGUUUGCCUUUAGGGACGGACGAGUCAGAGAGUCCUCGUGUGGUGAACGUCAUCCUCCCUGAGCAUCGAGGUUAUUUCAUGCAGCAUCUGGGUUACUUCCUGGCUACUUUCUUGCUGCUGGCGUUCAUUGUUGUAGCCGUCAUUGUGCUGACUCGACGGCGCAAAAAGAGAGGUAUUACACAUGUGCAUCUCAAACAGCUGCAUGUUUUUGGCAUGUAUUAAAGGCUCGGCUCUCCUGUUUCCAAAAGCACUUCAUCACAUUUUAUUGUUCCCUGAGAUUUUCUAUUUCAUCAAUUUUUCAGAGAUGGAUUUUGAGCUGCGUGGAUCUGAUCGGUAAGGCUUCACUACAAAAUAAAUUAUGCACUAUUUUUCCUUUAGAAGUUGAAAUCAGAGGUAGCCUAUGUUUAUUUCUGCGCAGGGGAAGCAGGAUCAGCAGGGAUGAAAUAUCUUACGACUGCACAGAGCUUAAGGCCUGCAACCAGACACCUCUGAAUUCAGGUACUGCAAGCAUCACACAAGGUAAAACACACAUAAAUAAAACAUAUGUUGAUGCUUUUCCAUAACCUGUAUGUUUUCUGCAACCUUUAGACUACAAAAAUAACCUGCUGAAAGAGAGAGAUAUGGCCAAAGACUGCAAUAACGGUGAGCAUGCACAGCUUUAUCCAAUCUGAAAAAACCAUAAAGCAUGUAGAAAAAGUGACAUUUUAUUUAACAGAUAUCCUUUCCAUAACUUCUUCUCCUUCAGACUUUGAUGGAAAACUGUGGAAGUGAGAGGGAUUUUUUUUUUUGAGCUGCUGCUGGCAGGUCCAGAGCAAACACCGGAUGAGAGUGAACGGACUGUGGAGAGAAGGAAAAAAAAGGAAGAAACCCAAAAGAGGACAGGAGGAAAGCUCCCUCUGCUGUAACUCUUACACACUAAGCUUUUUUUUUUCACUAAAAGCCACCGUAACUUUGUCACAUGGUACUUGUUUAUAUAAGAAGCAUUUCAGCAGUAUGGUUACACUUGUAUUUGAUCCUUACUCUUUGCGUUCAUAUUUUGUUCAUGUUUAAUUCGAGGCAUAUUUUAUGGUUUUUAUUAUAGUUUUUUUGUUGUUUUUACAGAAAUGCAUGCUGUUUAUUGAAGUAUGUUAAUCUGUUCUUUACAUGCUUUCAGGGCUGCAUCCGAUCAUUUUUCUUUUUGCACAAACUUUACUGUAAUUUCUACAUGUAUGUCAUUAAGAAUCAAGGGUAAAUUUACUGUAUGAAAUCAGCAUUUAAAACAAAUGCCUUCCAUUUAUAGCGAUGAAUAAUAUAACAUUUGUUACACAGAACUACACUCCCUCAUUCCUUGAGUUUAAAAUGCUUUAGGGACAAAUGUACUUUUUUUCCUGGAUGAGAAACUUUUUAUUAGAUUUGAUGGACCUGUUUUUUUUUCUCCAUAUAAUACUUUUUUAUUAAGUGGGUGUAUACUGUAGCGUCAAACUGUUUAGUAAUGAUUUAAAAGGUGAAAAGUGAUGAUAAUACAGGACUUAAGGCUCAGUCUACCGAAGCUCAGGAAAAUAAAAACACCAUUUGUCAAGUUUUUAAGGGGUUAUUCAGGACUUUCUUACAGUAAACAUUUAUAAUGAACCCUGUUUUGCAAAACACUGAAUCAAUCAAUUCUAAAUCUGCUGGUCAAUAACAUGUUAUUAACUGUCUGGCUAUUUGCUAUUUAAGUUUUACUGCAGGAAAUACAAUGUCUACUGCCUCAGAAGUACUAAAUUGCAAAGUGUAAUUUUGACCCCUUUGUUUCCUCUGUCUCUUGCUGACUUGCACACUCUUAUCUUGGUUUCUUCUACAGAGAGAUUUCUCCUAAUAAAGAUUGAGAACUGUU